UGAUGAUGAUCAUUAUUCGAUGUUCCAUCGAUCGAAACACUAACUCGACAUAUUUAUUGUGUGUUUGUUUGUGCUUGUAUAUCAACAACUAUCAUCAAGAAGCUGAAAAUAAAAUCAAAUCAAAUCCUGUUUGUGGUGAAUUCACAGGAAGUUAAUUAUUGAAUAUUUAUGUGUGAUCAUUGUGAAAAAAAAUUUAUCAAAUUAAUCAAAAAAGCAAAUGCAAACAAAAAAAAAACAAACAAAAAUUUCCGUGCAAUCAACGUUUAAUUGUUUUCCAUUCUUUUACUUCAAAUUAAUUAAUUAAUUAAUUGAGAGAAAAUUUCUUUCCAUUCAUCGAUGAUUCAAGAUUGAAUGGCCAUCGAUGAUUAAUAGCGAUGACAACAAAAUCAAUGGUCAAUACGAAUUCAAAACAUUCAUCGGCCAACAAACAAUCAACUAAUCAUUCAAAUCAUCAACAUAAACAACAAACAUUGAAAAUGUCUACAAAAGCAAAACAUUUUUCCAUAGAUUCAUUAAUCAGUAGUAAUAAAGAUGCUGAUUUGAAUAAAGUGGAUAAUGUGGAUACAAUAACAACAACAACAACCGCACCAAGACGUCAAUUGAAUAAUUCUUCAACACGUUAUAAUAAUAAUCAUCAUAACAAUAGUCAAACAACAAUUAAUGGCAAUCAUCAUCAUCUUCAUCAUCAUCAAUGGAAUGAUAUCAAUCAACGUAAACGUUCUGCACAUGAUAUGGAACAUAAAUAUCGACCAACAAAAACAUUGAAAUCAAGACGUUUAAUUGAUGAUUAUAAUAGUGUACAAAAUAAUGUAAAUGUUGAAGAUAUUGAUGUUGAUGAUGAUGAAGAGAUUAAUGUUGAUGAUAUUGUCGAUAUUGAAUCAAAUGGUGAUGGUUCAAGCCAUGAUGAUGAAUGUGUUUCAUGUAAAUCGGAUCCAAAUAGUAAUCAACCAAUUAGUCCAAAUUUAGUUGCCGCAUAUCCAUAUGAUCCGUCAUCAUUAUUGGGAUUAAAAGGCACCAUUCCGACGGAUGUAAAUCCAUUUUUUAAUCCAGCACAUUUUAAUCUAAAUCUUUUACGCGCUGGUAGCCUACCACCUGCACAUUUAUCUCAACUUCAUCCAAGUAUAGCACUACAACAACGUUUGAAUGCCGAAUUCAAUAAUUCAUUUGCUGAUCUCGCUAAAUUUGCCAAGAUAUCACCAUCAGGUUUAACAUCAUCAACUGCAUCAAUACAACAACCACCACCAUUACCACCACCACCACCUCCACCUGUCAUACAACAAGCGUCACCUUCAUCGAAAAAUUCCAAAAAUUAUCCAAAAUCAGCAUUUUCAUUCGUAAAUAAUUCAUCUGAUAAUAAUGAUUAUGAUAAUAAUCAAACAAGAUCGGAUCCAAAAUCAAGUAAUCGAUCUUCAAACUAUACAUUGAACAAUAAAGAACAAUCAUCAAAAUAUUCAUCAAAUAGUCAUUAUCGUGAUAAAGAAUCGUCUUCAUCAACAAAACGAUCACAACAUUAUUCAUCAUCAUCAUCAUCAUCAACGAAUCAUCAUAAAAGUGGUAAAAAUUCCAAUGAUUCAAAGAAUAGUAAUGCAAACAGUAAACCAGAGCUUAAUCCAGCUUGUUUACCACGUUGUAAUUGUGAAGAAUUAAUGAAAAUUGAUGCAAAAUUAGAGACAAAAGAAUUAUGGGAAAAAUUCCAUGAAUUAGGCACUGAAAUGAUCAUUACUAAAACUGGUCGAAGAAUGUUUCCAACAUGUCGUGUAUCAUUUCAUAAUACUGAUCCAAUGGCAAGAUAUGCUGUACUAAUGGAUAUUGUACCAGUCGAUAAUAAACGUUAUCGUUAUGCAUAUCAUCGUAGUUCAUGGCUUGUUGCCGGUAAAGCUGAUGCACCAUCACCGAUUCGUCUUUAUCUUCAUCCUGAUUCACCAUUCACUGGUGAACAAUUACGUAAACAAAUUGUAUCAUUUGAAAAAACAAAAUUAACCAAUAAUGAAAUGGAUAAAAAUGGACAUAUUGUUCUUAAUUCAAUGCAUAAAUAUCAGCCACGAAUACAUUUGAUUAAACUUCGUUUGGAUCAACUAACACAUCAUAGUAGCCAAUUAAUGAUUAAUAAUCUGGAAAAUGAACAAUUUCGUACAUAUAUUUUUUCAGAAACGGUUUUCACUGCCGUUACUGCAUAUCAAAAUCAAUUGAUAACAAAAUUAAAGAUUGAUUCGAAUCCAUUUGCCAAAGGUUUUCGUGAUUCCAGUCGAUUAACCGAUCUGGAAAGGUAUGAAAUAGAAUCUGUCGAAACUUUAUUACGGGAACAUGCAUUUCGACAUUCACCAUUUCGUGCAUUUUUUGGUUCCGAUCUUUCUCCACAUGAUCAACAAGCAUUGGCAAAUGCAGCUGCAUUAGGACGUCUACCAUGUGGUCAAGAAUUUUUGGCACUAAUGGCCUCACAAGCAGCUGCACUUGCAUCAUCGGCAUGGAAAUUUGUUCCUAAUGGUCAAACAUCCGCCGCCGCUUCAACAUCAUCAUCAUCAUCAUCAUUAACGACACAACCUUCUACACAAUUACCACCACCAGCACCAAUCACAUCAUCAUCAACAUCCUCAUCUGCAAUUCAAAAUCAAAACGGUUCACCUGGUAGUGGUUCUCCAAAUUCAACGGCUGUUUCACCGAAUUCCAAUGUUUAUUCUUCAUCUAUGAUGCCAGGAUCAGCAGCCGAAUUCUCUUCGAUGAUGGCCGUAAAUCCUGCCCUAGCCAGUUUCUAUUUUGGAAAUAUUCCACGUAAUUUUCUAUCUGGUCAAAAUCUUUCACAUCCAUCACAAACGAUGAAUUCUACACAGCCAGAAUCGGCAUCAUCCUCAACGGAAUUAUCAAAAGUGAAUAAUUCUAGCAAUGGUAAAUCCAGCAGUAAAGCAAGUGGUAAACAAUCAAAUUCAUUCGAUGCUUUGAAUCUAACCUGUACGGAUGGAAUUUCCUCAUCAAAUAAUCCAAAUAACAGUAGUAAUUGUUCAAGUCCAUUAUUAUCGAAUUCAUCGAAUGAAAGUUCCACGAAUUUGAAUCACAAUGUACAAUCACAAGCAGCAGCUGCUGUAGCUGCUGCAUUCUAUACACAAUUUCCACGAUUCUUUCGCUUACCAACGGCACCAAUCACUCCACCAGGACAGAAUAUGGCAAUGACAACACCUUCUCCACCCUAUCCUCAAUCUUCAUUGCCGACCAAUGUACCAAAUAACAGUACAACAAUUCAAUCAUCUAAUCUGUCACCGGUUCAAGCUCCUAAAACAUCAUUUUCAUCCCCUUUAUCGUCUCCAUUGCCGCCACCACUACCACCGCCAUCACAUGCAUUUACAUCAUCACAAUCAGAGACAAAAAUUUAUUUACUGAUGGCCAUAGUCGAUCAUGUCCAAACACACCUCCAUCACCAUCAUCACCAACAUUAUCGAUAUCACCGAUUUCGGACAUAUCGAAUUCCAGUCGUUUACCAUCACAAUUGACCAAUGAUAAAACGACAAGUAUAUCUACUUGAUUAUCAAUAGAUUUAUCCUCAUACACAUCAUAUAUAAAAAUGAUUAUUUGUAAAUGAUUUCAUUUAAUAGUAAUUAUUAUCAUUAACAUUCAAAACUUCCUAAUGCAUAUCUAUUUCCUAAAAUAUUAGUCAACUUUCACUUAUAUACUACUUAUUUUUCCUCAUCAUUUCAUGUAAUCAUCAUCCGUUGGACAGUGAUUGUUUGUAAUUAUUG